UAUCUUUUGAGUGCGGCAAGUUGUAGCGGGCACCGCUGAGCGUGUUUCCCUUUGGGGCACUUCUUAUCUAGGAGCUGAGUUUAGUUUCUUCCGAAGUGAGCCACUUCGCCCCCCUACCCCGUCCUCCUGAAUAAGGAAGCAGCCGCCAAGCAUCAGCGGAGCCCUUAUGAGCCGGGGCCGCCGAGCCGCUUAGCAGUCUCCCAGGACCCAGCUCCGGAGGAGCCGCAAGCAUGCACCCUGGGUUGUGGCUGCUGCUUGUUACGUUGUGCCUGACAGAGGAACUGGCAGGAGCGGGAGAGAAGAAAUCCUAUGGAAAGCUAUGCGGGGGCCAAGACUGCAGUGGAGGCUGUAAAUGCUUUCCUGAGAAAGGAGCAAGAGGGCGACCAGGACCAAUUGGAAUUCAAGGCCCAACAGGUCCUCAAGGAUUUGCUGGCCCGAGUGGUUUAUCAGGGUUGAAAGGAGAAAGGGGCUCCCCAGGCCCUCUGGGACCAUACGGACCAAAAGGAGAUAAGGGUCCCAUGGGAGUUCCUGGCUUUCUUGGGAUCAAUGGGAUUCCGGGCCACCCCGGACAGCCAGGGCCCAGAGGCCCACCUGGCCUGGAUGGCUGUAAUGGAACUCAAGGAGCUGUUGGAUUUCCAGGCCCUGAUGGCUAUCCUGGGCUUCUCGGACCACCGGGCCUUCCUGGUCAGAAGGGCUCUAAAGGUGAACCUGUCUUUGCCCAAGGUAGUUUCAAAGGAAUGAAGGGGGAUCCUGGACUGCCCGGACUGGAUGGAGUCACUGGGCCACAAGGAGCACCCGGAUCUCCAGGAGCUGUAGGACCCAUAGGACCACCAGGAGCACAAGGUCCUCCAGGCCCCCCUGGUUUCCCUGGUCCUGAUGGGAAUAUGGGGUUAGGUUUCCAAGGAGAGAAAGGAGCCAAGGGGGAUGUUGGCCUCCCUGGCCCUGCAGGACCCCCACCAUCUACUGGAGAACUGGAAUUUAUGGGGUUUCCCAAGGGGAAGAAAGGAUCCAAGGGUGAACCAGGGCUUCAAGGUUUCCCAGGAACAGCCGGCCUUCCAGGUCUCCCGCUGUCCUGUGUUCUCUCCUGUGCUGAUUCAGGACAUCCUGGAAAGAAAGGUCCAAGGGGCGAGACAGGUCCCCCUGCAUCAGCUGGAAAGAGAGGUCUCCCUGGGCUGAAAGGCUUUCCUGGAGCUCCAGGGCUAAUUGGCUUCCUGGGGAACUCAGGCUUGCCAGGGGUCACUGGGUUGCCAGGCCUGCCAGGUCUGAAGGGUGGGAAAGGGUCUGUUGGACUGAUAGGUUUUCCAGGGAUGCCAGGUCUCCCUGGUAUUCCUGGUGCAAGUGGAUUAAAGGGAGUUCCUGGGUCACCAGGAAGAGUGGGACCAUCUGGACGGACUGGUAGCCCUGGUGAGAAAGGAGACAGAGGCGACCCAGGGCCCGUUGGACUACCCAGUCCAAGACUUCCAAUGCUGAACCUCCAAUUCAAAGGAGACAAAGGCUCUCGGGGCUCAGCUGGAUCCAACGGAUUUCCUGGGCCCAGAGGUGACAAAGGAGUAGCUGGCCGUCCUGGGCCACCAGGCUUACCUGGACCUCCUGGCUUCCCCAGCACCAUCAAGGGACUUAUUGGGAGACCAGGCCUCCCUGGUCCCACAGGACUACGGGGCUUACCUGGCCUGAAGGGGUCCCCUGGAAUCACAGGUUUCCCAGGCAUACCCGGAGAAAGUGGUUCACAGGGUCUCAAUGGAGCGCCCGGGCUCCCAGGAGCAUCUGGUCUACCAGGUUCAAAAGGAGAUCACGGCCAGACACUCGGAAUUUCCGGUACCCCAGGACCCAAGGGACAACCUGGGGAGACUGGUUUUGAAGGUGUGAAAGGAAAAGCUGGACUAGUGGGUGAUGUGGGCUUCCCAGGAAACAAAGGUGAAGAUGGGAAAGUUGGUCUUUCUGGAGAUGUUGGCCUUCCUGGCUCCCCAGGACUCCCCGGGAUUGCAGGCAUGAGAGGAAAUCCAGGGCUUCCGGGUACUCCAGGCCAUCCAGGGGCAACUGGGCCCCUGGGACCUCCUGGCCUAGUAGGAAUCAAAGGUUUCCCUGGACUUCCUGGUUUACAUGGACUGAAUGGGCUUCCAGGAACAAAGGGGACCCAUGGAACUCCAGGACCUAGUAUAACUGGUGUGCCUGGGCCAGCUGGCCUGCCUGGUCCCAAAGGGGAAAAAGGUCCUCCAGGAAUCAGCAUGGGAGCCCCAGGGAAGCCAGGCAUGAAAGGACAAAAAGGUGACCGAGGUUUCCCAGGUCUCCAGGGCUCUGCUGGUCUCCCUGGGGCCCCAGGCCUCUCCUUGCCCUCAGUCAUAGCAGGACAGCCUGGCGACCCUGGGCGACCAGGCCUAGAUGGAGAACGAGGCCGACCAGGCCCCCAGGGGCCCCGAGGUCCCCCUGGGCCAUCCUCUGAUCAAGGCGACCCGGGAGACCCUGGCUUCCCUGGAAUUCCGGGCCCUCAAGGGCCCAAGGGAGACCAAGGAAUUCCAGGUUUCUCUGGCCUCCCUGGAGAGCUAGGACUGAAAGGCAUGAGAGGUGAGCCUGGCUUCAUGGGGACUCCAGGCAAGGUUGGGCCACCUGGAGACCCAGGAUUUCCCGGGAUGAAGGGGAAGACAGGGCCAAGAGGCCUUUCCGGCCCCCGAGGUGCUCCUGGACAAACACCAAUUGCAGAAGCCAUCCAGGUUCCUCCCGGGCCCAUGGGUCUACCGGGCAUUGAUGGCAUCCCUGGCCUCACAGGGGACCCUGGGCUUCAAGGCCCUGUAGGUCUACAAGGCUCUAAAGGUUUACCUGGAAUCCCUGGCAAAGAUGGCCCCAGCGGACUCCCCGGCCCUCCUGGGGCUCUUGGUGACCCUGGUCUCCCUGGACUGCAAGGCCCUCCAGGAUUUGAAGGAGCUCCAGGGAAGCAGGGCCCCUUCGGGAGGGCUGGAAUGCCUGGGCAGAGCGUGAGAGUGGGCUACACCUUGGUGAAGCACAGCCAGUCGGAACAGGUGCCCCUGUGCCCCAUCGGGAUGAGCCAGCUGUGGGUGGGUUACAGCUUGCUGUUCGUGGAGGGGCAGGAGAAAGCCCACAACCAGGACCUGGGGUUUGCUGGCUCCUGUCUUCCCCGCUUUAGCACCAUGCCCUUCAUCUACUGCAACAUCAAUGAAGUGUGCCACUAUGCUGGACGCAACGAUAAAUCCUACUGGCUCUCCACCACCGCCCCCAUCCCCAUGAUGCCUGUCGGCCAGACCCAGAUUCCCCAGUACAUCAGCCGCUGCUCUGUGUGUGAGGCUCCCUCACAAGCCAUUGCUGUGCACAGUCAGGACAUCACCAUCCCACGGUGCCCCCUGGGUUGGCGCAGCCUCUGGAUCGGGUACUCCUUCCUCAUGCACACUGCCGCUGGCGCCGAGGGCGGAGGCCAGUCCCUGGUCUCACCUGGCUCCUGCCUAGAGGAUUUUCGGGCCACUCCUUUCAUCGAGUGCAGUGGUGCCCGAGGCACCUGCCACUACUUUGCCAACAAGUACAGUUUCUGGCUGACAACAGUGGAGGAGAGGCAGCAGUUUAGGGAGGAGCCUGUAUCCGAAACGCUAAAAGCCGGGCAGCUCCACACCCGGGUCAGCCGCUGCCAGGUGUGUAUGAAAAGCCUGUAGGGUGGCACCUGCCACUCUGCCCCUUGCCCUCCCCUCCCUCGCACAACCGUCACCUCACAAAGCCGAACGGUCUGAAGAAGGAAGGCCUAAGCCCUUUUUCCCAUCUGCCAAAUUGAACAUUGGAGUCUCAUUGGGGCUGGACUACUGGACACUGGUCACCCCAACCCUCAGGCCCAAUGGGUGAGCCCACCCUGCUGAGAUCUGUUGUCUCAUUUCAGUCAACCUGGUGCUACUAUUUGAUUUGGAUGUUUGCAUGACUAUUCAUGGCUACCUCAGAAAGACCUGCUGGGCCACCACAUUCUUAGACCACUAGUUUUCCUGUUUUGAUCAGCAAGCUCUUCAUAAUAGCGGAUAAGUCAUUUCUUUAUGUCUGGAGGUCACCACACAUUAUUUGGCUUAUACCAGAACCCAGUGUUUCCACAUUAAAAAAAACAUCUCUGGCUAAACAUUCUUAGAUAGCUCAAGCCUGCAGAGGGCAAGCUGUCACUCUUCAAGGGGUGCACUGUGUCUGGACAGGCAGCAGAGCCACAGUAAGGUGCCAGCCAGUAGUCAGGGGUGAGCUUUGACUCCUUCAAGAGUGAGCACAACUGGGCCCCCUAUUGCUUAGGAAGGUUGAAAGCCAGCAGCUGAGAGGGCUCAUUAACUUCAUAGGGUCCUAGACAAAUCACUCUCUCCUUGCUGGCUCCCUCCUCAGCCAGAGGCAGGCUACUUGCCCUGGUCCAGAGUAGAACAGAGGAUGCACCAAAUGUGGCCAGGCCCACAAAGGGAAAUGAGAACUGUAGCCCUUUCUCCCAGGCCGGGGGUAGAGGGGUGGAUGGAUAAGGAGGUGUGAAUUUUGCUUUUGACUCCAGGAACAAAAAGGUAAAUCCCUUGUCCCAAUUUCUCAGAAGUCCCUGUUUAUUCCAAACACCAUCCAGAUGUGUGUGAUGUGGCAAAUGGAAGCCGCAGUGUGUUGGUUCCUUUGCGUUUUGAGGCUGUUAGACUUUCCACUAAAAUAUCCAUCCAAUUGCUCUUUCGCAGGUAGCCUGUUAAACUAUUUUAAUACAUUUGUUUAAACCUCAUAAAAAUCUAGCACACACCUCUCUUUAGCAGUUAGCAGACCUAAAGCAAGCUUGAGUUGACUUUAAAAUGUAUUGUAUUCUAUUUGGGGGGGAUUUGUUUUAACCAUUUCCUUUAAUUAUCGAUUUCCCAGAACACUUAGCUUUGUUGACAUGAGGCAAUUCCUUCCAAGUGAUUCUGUUUCCUUAAAUAUUAUGUAAACUGUGCCAACACAGAAAAAGCAUAAUCAGUAUAAUCUGAAUUAUUGUUACCUUCACCUCCUUAUCUGAGUAAUAAGCAUGGUGUCAGCUUUGUACAUCGCAAAUAAAAGAAAUUAAAUAUGAA